AAGGAGCUCCACCUAUGAAAGGCACUGGAAUCAGCCAGGCAGGGGUCAGCCCCCAGGAAACGUCGAUGACCUUUGAAGAUGUGGCUGUUUACUUCACAUGGGAAGAGUGGAGGCAACUGGACCUUGCUCAAAGGGCCCUGUAUAGGGAAGUGAUGCUGGAGAAUUAUGGGAACACAGCCUCGCUAGGAUUUACGAGACCCAAGCCUUACCUGAUCUCACAGCUGGAACGAGGACAGAUGCUGUGGACCCUGGAUGUUCAGGGGACAGAGGCUAUUGAGGCCAGGAGAGGCACAUGGCCAGAUGGCAGGACUGAGAGCAAGGAGUCUAUGCAAAAGCCAGGCAUUCCUCAAGAUGGAAUUUCAGAAGGAAGGUUGUUUACCAAGGGCCAACAAGACAACAUUAACAGGACCACAUCCAGGCAUGUGGCUGCUACUCCUAGGCCGAGCUCCACAGCCAAAUGUGGACGAGAAAAUGUUGUCUGGGAAAACAAACCUCAAGAAGCAGAGCCUUCUGGGGGUGGCCUGAGUGGGGAGGCCCAGAAUUGCAAUAUUAGGCAAAAGUCAGAGCUUGCCAAAAAUCAGACUGUCCCUCAUGGAGAGAAGUCCUAUGAAUGUGAUGAAUGUGGGAAAGCCUUCAGGUGGAAAUCCAUGCUUGUCCUCCACCUUCGAAUUCACAGUGGAGAGAAACCUUAUGUAUGUAACGAAUGUGAGAAAGCCUUCAGUCGGAGCUCAGAUCUGACUAACCAUAAGAGAAUUCAUAGAGGAGAGAAGCCUUUCGAAUGUAAUGUGUGUGGGAAAACUUUCACGUGGAGCUCGAACCUUAUUAACCACAAGAGAAUACACAGUGGAGAGAGGCCUUAUGAAUGUAAUAUCUGUGGGAAAUCUUUCACUCAGGGCUCAAUCCUAAUAAAACACCACAGGAUUCACAGUGGAGAGAAGCCCUAUGAAUGUAAUGAAUGUGGGAAAGCAUUCAGCCAGAAAGGGAACCUUCUUAAUCAUCAGAAAAUUCACACCAGAAAAAUCAUUGUUGUGAGCCCUAUGCGCAUAAUAAACAUGGGCAAUCUGUGA